CAUCCUCCUCCUCCUCCUCAGCAGCACAUUAGUGUGUUUACAGGACGGUGAUUAGUCUGACUGUAGCAGACGGUGGAUCUGCAGCCCUGUAUACUAAACAGGAGGAAGAGCUUUUCAUCAUGAACUGCGACAUAGACGGAGACAUGGAGAACCAGGUGGAGAUGGAGGAGAAGACGAGGUUGAUAAAUCAAGUCCUGGAGCUCCAGCACACACUGGAAGAUCUGUCGGCGCGAGUCGACGCCGUCAAAGAGGAGAACCUGAAGCUGAAAUCGGAGAAUCAGGUCCUGGGUCAGUACAUCGAAAACCUCAUGUCUGCCUCCAGCGUCUUCCAGACCACCGACACCAAGGGCAAGCGGAAGUGAGCCGGGCCCCGCCGCCGGGACGACCAGAUGGGGUUUGUUUUUUUUAGUCCCAACUAACCGUGUAAAUAUUAAGACGCCAACUAACUAAAACUGACCCUCAGUCAGCUCUGAAGUCCCCGUGUGGCCGGUCCUCUCCAGGCCGAGGACGCCGACCCUUACUCACUAACGCACAGCGGUCUGCGGGCGACUUCCAAUUGGACUUUCUCGAUUCUCCGUCAGAAAAAUGUUUGUAAAGUAACUCCCAUCUGGAGGGUUUCCCCUUUAAGGACUCAUUCGACUUCCUGUGGACUUCAAAACAUUUCGAGGUUACGUUUAAAUGCACCUUCUCGACAAGCACCGGUUUAUUUUUUAUAAAGUACCGAUCAGAGUCUUGUGUUGUUUUUAGAGCUCAUGAAACUGGAUUUUUUUCUUUAAAGCUGUCCGAAGCAACAGUGUUACAGCAACUGGAAAUGUUUGUGAGAUGGCAUGUAAAAAUAGACUUAGACCUUUUGAGACGUAACUAAUCAGUAAUCUGUGAUCAAACUGUAUAAAGCUACUAAGAACUAUUUAGCCAGGCGGUGGAUCCUCGUUGAAGCGCAUUAACUGAAAUAAACUAAAUCUGUAACCAGAGUUGUUAGAAAUGACGAGAGCUUCUUUAACUGAGGAGAAAAGUGGAAAAGGCAAAGCCUGGUUUGUUCCACCCAAAGUUAGAGACGGCAAGCUUCACAUUUAAUCGGAAAACAACUAAAUGCUGCUUUAACGAAAGCUAUGGAAACAUUACUUUGUAAUUUAUUGAGGUUGUUUGAUGUUUGAGAGCUGUACCGUUUUAUCUUGUAUUAUUUAUCUACCAUGCUCGAUGCCCCUCCCCACCCCACCUCAAGGUAUUUUUUUUAUUUUAAUAAAAACCAAGAUCACCUCUGUCUGAGUCUUUUAUCUCCUGCUCACAUUAUAACAACCAGACCCAAAAAGAGCCUCCACCUCAGAUUGGGUCCUGGAACAAAGAGGCCUCGUUUCCGGUCUCAGAAAUAACAAACGGC